GGGGUUGUUUGUUAGUCAGCAUUGCGGUACAUAUUUCCGGUUGUGGAGAGUCUUAUCCAUCUAAACCUUUUCAAAUGGGCUCCGUCGCCUAGCGUUUCUCCCCAAAGCCUCCGACUGAAUCGAUCAGGGUGCUCUAAUAACAUCAGCACGAGGGGUAAAAGAAGGGUUUCCAUCUAAGGCACCGUUUACAUAAAUCUGUAAAAUGGCAGCCAUCCCAGCUAGUGGUUCUCUUGUAGCCACUCAUGACUACUACCGAAGGCGCAUUGGCUCUACAUCUAGUAGCAGCUCGUGUGGCAGUUCAGAGUAUAGUGGGGAGGUUAUUCCACAUCAUCCAGGUCUGCCCAAACAGGACUCUGGCCACUGGUGGUCCAGUUUCUUCUUUGGGAAGCAGAACCAGCCUGGCAUGGGAACUCUAACUGAGGAGGCUCAACAGAAGUCAGGGGUGAUGAGCGUGACCAAUGGACAGGUGACAUGUGUUGCCCGGGAGAUGGUGAUAAGGCAGGCAAGCGAAAGUAGUGAUGGAGGCAAGUCGGAGGCGGGGAGUUCUCCCCAUUCCUGAAUCUGAGACCAGCUCAGGACACCAACGCUAGGGGAUAAAAUGGCCAUUUUUUUUUCUUUCCCAUCCAUACAAUGGGCUGUUUUAGUAUUUCUUUUUUUUUUGUACUCAUUUUAUAUAUGGUGUAAUAAAAUGGAAAAACUGAAACAUGCAAAAAUAUUUUGUACAUUUUUACACCUCUGUAACACUGGAGUUACAUGUCUUUGUUACUUGAUAUCAUUGCAUUGUAUUGUGUUUCAGCACAAUAAAUGGUCUUAAACA